GGCAAUAAGAGCACUUUGGACUAGUGUAAAUAACAAUCAGUGGUAAAAAGGGAAGAAAAUCAAGCCAGAAAUCAAAAUAUUUUCCAUUUCCUGCAGAAAACCAUACAAAUCUGCUCUUCCUCCAGCAGCUGACAAAAGAGAGAAAAUUGAGAAAGAAUAAGCAGAUUAUGGAGAACUCAAGGAUAAAUUGAAUGAGAGGUGAACGUAGAUUUUAUAUCAUUCAGCAAAAGAGGGAUAUAUGUGGAAGUCCGUGGGGAGGAAGGCAGACAGUAAUGCAGGCCUCUCUAUGUGAGGAAGAAGACGACUUAAAUGAAAGCACCACUAAACAAGACAUUGUCCAUAAUUUUGACCUCCCCAAGUAUAUCAGCUGUGGAAAAGCUCCAUAGAUUUGCCUAUUGUGUGAAAAGCACAGAUUGCAAAUCACAACUGAUUAUGUACUAGACGGGCCAGAAAGGAGAAAAUCCAUACAAAUUACCCGAUUGUGGCAAAAACUAUGGUCACAACAGCUCCCUUGUGGUUCAUGGAAGUAUCACCACACAAGAGGGAAGUGCUCCCAAUGUAAAUGUUUUAGUGAGCAUGGCAACAUGGUGCUACAUUAGAUAACUCACAGGAGGGAGAAAACUUAUGACUGCAGAUUGUGAGAAAGUUACAUUAGAAAUUCUCAGGUCUUGAGACACUAAAGGAUACACACACAGGAAUAAAACCAUUUGGACAUCCUUUCUGUGGGAAAAGUUUCAGUGAGAAUUCCACUCUGGUGAAACACCCAAGGACUCUCACAAAAGUGAAACCCUUUGAAUGUCAUGAUUGUGAUAAAAAAUUUAGUCACAAUUUUAGUCUGGUGACACAUCAGUAGAUUGACUCCAGGGAGAAACUGUAUGAGUAUCCAGAUUGUUGGAAAAACAACAUUAGAAAUUUCCAUCUGAAAAGACACCAGACAACUCUCACAGAAGAAAAACCCUUUGAAUGUCCUGAUUAUGGGAAAGUCACAAUUCCAGCCUGGUGAUACAUCAGAAGACUCACAUAGGAGAUAAAUGCUUUGAAUGUCCUGAUUAUUGGAAAACUUUCAGUUAUGAUUCCAAUUUGUGAAACACUAGAGGAAACCAUAAAGGAGAAAAACCCAUUCAAUGUCCUGCGUGUGGGAGAAGUUUCAAUAGUAAUUCCCACCUGGUAAUACAGCAGAGGAUUCACUCCAUGGAGAAACCUUAUAAGUGUGGAGAUUGUGGGAAAAGUUUCAUUAGAAAUUCCCACCUCCUGAGACACAAGACCACACACACAGAAGAGAAACUCUUUGAAUGUCCGGACUGUGGGAAAAGAUUGAGUGAUAAUUCCAGCCUCGUCAAACACCAAAAGACUCACACAGGACAGAAACCUUUUGAAUGUACUAUCUGUGGGAAAAGCUUUAGCAAAAAUUUCAGUCUGGUGACACACCAGAGGACUCACACAGGAGAGAAACCCUUUGAAUGUCCUGACUGUGGGAAAUGUUUCAGUUGGAAUUCCAAUCUGGUAAGACACCAGAGGACUCAUACAGGAGAGAAACCCUUUGAAUGUCCGCUUUGUGGGAAAAGUUUUAGUGAUAAUUACAGCCUGGUGACACACCAGAGGACUCACACAGGAGAGGAACCCAUUGAAUGUCCUAUCUGUGGGAAAAGUUUUUACAAAAAUUUCAAUCUUGUGACACACCAGAGGACUCACACAGGAGAGAAACCCUUUGAAUGUCCUAUCUGUGGGAAAAGCUUUUGUCAGAAUUCCGAUCUGGUGAGACACCAGAGGACUCACACAAGAGAGAAACCCUUCAAAUGUCCUGAUUGUGGAAAAGGUUUUAGUCAGAGUAUCAGCCUACGGAAACACCAGAUGACUCACACAGGAGAGAAACCCUUUGAAUGUCCUAUCUGUGAGAAAACCUUUAAUCAGAAUUCCAAUCUGGUGACACACCAAAUGACUCACACAGGAGAGAAACCCUUUGAAUGUCCUAUUUGUGGGAAAACCUUUAAUAAGAAUUGCAAUCUGGUGAGACACCAGAGGACUCACACAUGAGAGAAACCCUUUGAAUGUCUUUCCUGUAGGAAAGGUUUUUGUGAUCAUUCCAGCCUGGUGAAACACCAGAGGACUCACAGGUGAGAAACCAUUUGAAUGUCAUAUCUGUGGGAAAAGCUUUAGUGAUAAUUCUAAUCAAGUGAGACACCAGGACUCACACAGGAGAGAAACCCUUCGAAUGUCCUGAUUGUGGGAAAGGUUUUAGUCUGAGUUCCAGCCUAUGGACACACCAGAGGACUCACACAGGAGAGAAACCCUUUGAAUGUCCUGAUUGUGGGGGAGUUUUCAGUCAGAAUUUCAAUCUGGUGGCACACCAGAGGACUCGCACCGUGUAGAAAUCUUUGAAUUGUUGAGUCUGCGAUCAUUACUUCAAGCAUAAAUCAUCCCUUAUUGCACACAAGGUAAUUCAUAUGAGGAAAGAUAGAUGAGUGUAGAGAAUGCUUGAAUUUCAUUUGUGAUCUCCCAGUAUACAUGAGAAAUUGAUUGUUUUAAUUUUGGCCUGAUUAAUUUUGCUCAAACAUUUCUCAUGAUUAAAUUUGUAAGUGGAGUUAAAAGGAAAAGGAAAAAUGGCUAACUACUAGUUUCUGGUUAUCAGCAAAACUUUUGGAUAUUUCCUUUUCCAAAAGUAGAGGAAUUCCUCAAAAAGGAAUUGUGGGUGGAGCUUUUGUCUGCUGAUUAUGGAAUUCCCACAUGUGGAGUUUCAGUCUUCUACCUUGAUUUCACCUGAUUUUCAGCCCCAGAAUUCCACAGCCCGCAUAUAAGCAGUUCUCAAGAUAUAACUAUUAUGGGCUUUGAAUUAAGGUUGCAGGUUGCAAUGGCUCUUAAGUGAAAUUGCUUUCCUUAACUACCCGAAUCCCCCUGCUCUCCCUGAUGCAGCCAUUAAUCAAAUGUUUGAGUCGCUAAGCAGAACACAGUCUACUCAGAGCUGGGAAAAACUCCUUGGAGGCCUAGUGCAGGGCUAGGCCUGUCUGCCGUAGGAAUCUCUA